UUAUCUGUUUGCCCAUGUAUUUCAUCAAAUUAUGAUACAAUUGAUAGGGAAAAUAAACAGCUGGUAGUGCACUCUGUAACCUCCCCCCUGGCCCUGGUCUCUCCUUUUGUGGUUAAGUGCUACUGUACUCUGAAUGCUUCCCCCCCCCCAAGUGUUUUUUUGCUACUAGAUUUUUUAAAGCUGCUGAUUUUUGUAGAUUUUAAGAAGGAACUGAGGUCCCUUAAUAGAGAGUUGCAGCUGCAUAUUUUGGAGCUUGCUGAUGUUCUUGUUGAGAGACCAUCGCAGUAUGCAAGGAGAGUGGAGGAAAUAUCCCUUAUAUUUAAAAACUUACACCACCUUCUAAAUUCAUUGCGUCCUCAUCAGGCUCAAGCAACGUUAAUUCACAUUCUAGAACUCCAAAUACAACACCGUAAACAAGCUGUGGAGGAUAUAAAGAGGAGAAGAGAAGAAGCUCGGAAACUUCUCAAGGAGUCAAUUGCAACCUUGGAUGGAAACUAGUGCAUGAAUUAGAUAAUUUUUUAUGAAACGAUAGCUGCAUUUACUCAGCGCAUCUUCUGUUUUCUCACACUUCUGGAAAUCUGACCUGAAUAUCUCUGUUGUGUCACAUAUGACUGUUCGGGUUUAAUUUUAAGUAUGCCAACCGAGUAAUUACUAAAUUCUAACGAAAGGAUCUUGAGCACAAGUAGCCUAUUAGAGAAUUAUGAAGAAAGCUGAACAAAUACUUGUGGAUCUAAAAUCUGCUAUUGUAGAAAUAUAUGAAUGGCCAACUUUCCUCGAAACCAAUUGGGGGACCCA